CAUAAAAACCAUUAAGUAAGGCCCAGUUUCUUUUUAUUCAGUCUUUAGACAUUCUUUAAGCAAAGAAGCCCGGGCAUGACGCUAAACUGCGUCCACAGACCGAGUGACCACCAGUAUAAGUGGUCCCCGUCUACCAAGUGCCAACAGCCUUUUCGGAGAGUGGAUGAGUGGGUGGAGGUUCAGGACACCCUCAUGCCCCUAAAGGCGGAUGAACCCGGAUGGGUCAACGGCAUAGGAUUUGGAAGGCAAGGGGAAUCCACCGCAUCAAAGAUCCUCAGGAUCAGCCCAAGCUGCUGCCAAUCAAUCCUAGGAUUGAUUACAAAAGAAGAAAAAAAAGCAAAGAAGAGAAGUAUUACAUUCAUGGCACAUUCUGAUCAGAAUUCCUCAAACCAAAGAACACACGAACUACUCCUGCUGGUGACAGAGUACAUAAACCCAUAGGCCUUGGCAGUAUAAAAUAUGAAUAAAGGGAGUACAACAAAAAGAAAGCAAACAGGUCAGUAAACAAGAAAGAGUUGUAAAAUAAAUUUUGUAGAUGACUCAUAUAAAUGGUACAAGAGAGGGCAAAUGAAAGAAUACUUGAUGCGAGUCAGCUUCAUAGCCCUCCAUCAGAACAUGGACAAACCCAAUCCACAGAAACAGAAUUACUUCAAUGACAAAAGGAGUUUCUAAACAAUUAUUUCAUUUUCAACCAAAGUAAACUUGAAACGAUUAUUUUGCUACAUAAUCAUAUUUGUUUGACUCAUAUUCCUUUGAUUUCAUUAUUUCACCUCUCUCCUAGCUCCAAAC